AUGUCGACCACCAUUGAGACCGGCGCCAAGCGCCAGGACACCGGUUCCGACAUCGAGAAGACCCAGCCUUACAACAAUGGCGUCCAAGAGGUCAGCCAGAGCGGCCACGAGUCCGACAGCGACAACUUCCAAGAUGGUGUCACCCGAGUCAGAGCCAUCACUUCCAUCAUGACCAAGAAGACCAUGAUUAGCAUGUUUGUCCUGCUCUACGUCGUCUCCUUCGCCGAUCUCCUCAUGCAAUCGAUCCAGACCAAUCUGAGUGCCUUCGUCACAUCAUCCUUCCAAAAGCACGGUCUCCUCGCCAUCGUCAGCAUUUUCGCCAACAUCCUGUCCGGCUGCUGCCAUCUCCCGAUUGCCAAAAUCAUGGAUAUCUGGGGCCGUACCGAGGCCUUCCUCGUCAUGACCAUGUGCUCCGUUAUCGGUAUCAUGAUGAAGGCCGUCUGCCAGAACAUGGAGACUUACGUCGCGGCGCACACCAUCUACUACGUCGGUCACUUCGGCAUGAUGUUCGUCAUCGACAUCAUGCUGGCUGAUCUGACCUCGCUCAAGAACCGUAUGAUCAUGUUCGGCAUCAACGGUACCCCGAACGUCAUCGUCGUCUUCGCCGGUCCCAGGAUCGCCGACCUGUUCUACACCAACCUCAACUUCCGCUGGGCUUUCGGUGCCUUUGCCAUCAUCAUGCUUGGCGUCUGCUUGCCCUCCGCCGGUAUCAUGUUCUGGAACCAGCGCAAGGCCGAGAAGGCUGGCAUGCUCCAGAAGCUCAAGUCCGACCGCACACACUUGCAGGGCUUCAUUCACUACAUGAUCCAAUUCGACUUUGUCGGCAUCAUUCUCAUCGUUGCCGCCUUCGCCCUCAUCAUGCUCCCCUUCAGCAUCGUGGUCUACGCUGCUCACGGCUGGAAGUCCGCGCACAUUAUCGCCAUGGAGGUUGUCGGUGUCAUCUGCAUCCCUCUCUUCGUCUGCUGGGAGAAGUACCUUGCCCCCGUCACCUUCAUUCCGUACAAGUACCUGGCCAACAGGAACCUCGUUGGUGCUGGCUUGCUCUACGGCCUGAUGUUCGUCUCCAUCUUCUGCUGGGACACCUACUACCAGUCGUACCUCCUGGUCGUCCACAGACUGAACAUCACCCACGCCGGUUACGUUCUUAACUGCUUCUCUCUGGCUUCUUCCUUCUUCGGCCCCCUCUUCGGAUACAUCAUCCGUGUUACCGGAGACUUCAAGUACACUGCCAUUGCGGGUAUUCCCUUCAUGCUCCUGGGUACCGCUCUCUUGGUCCCUUACCGAACUCCCUCUACCAACGUCGGUGUCCUCGUCGUCCUCCAGCUCCUCAACGGUAUCGGCACCGGUAUCUUCUCUGCUUGCGGUCAGAUCGCCGUCAUGUCUGCCGUCACUCACCAGGAGAUUGCCGUCGCGAUGGCUAUCUACACUCUGUUCGGCUCCAUCGGUUCCACCGUUGGUUUCACCAUCGCCGGUGGCCUGUGGAACAACAUCCUGCCUUCUGAGCUCACCAAGAGACUCCCCGAGGGCUCCAAGAACCUGACCUCUACCAUCUUCGGUGACAUCGAGGUCCAGCUGUCCUACGCCGACGGCGACCCGAUCCGCGACGCCAUUGUCGGCGCCUACGCUCACGUCCAGCACAUGAUGGUCAUCUGCGGUGCUUGCUUCGUUCCCCUCUGCGUUGUUUCUAUCCUCAUCUGGAAGCGCAUCAACCUCAAGAAGCUUGAGGCCGAGAAGGGCACCCAGACCAAGGGCAACGUUUGGUAG